AUGUUCAAGUCUCAGUUUGUCAAAAACUCUGUUAGACUUUUCGCGACCAAGAAACAGCCAUCUAUUGGCCGUUACACCGGUAAGCCAGACCCAGCUACCGGCAAAUACACAGUUUCAUUCAUUGAAGGUGACGGUGUGGGGCCUGAAAUCUCCAAAGCUGUCAAAGACAUCUUUGUCGCUGCCAAAGCUCCAAUCCAGUGGGAAACCUGUGAUGUGAGCCCUCUAUUCAUCAACGGUCUUACCACGAUCCCACAACCAGCACAGGACUCCAUCAACAAGAACUUGAUUGCAUUGAAGGGACCACUUGCCACCCCUAUUGGUAAGGGCCACAGAUCUUUGAACUUGACCUUGCGUAAGACUUUCGGCCUUUUCGCCAACGUUCGUCCUGCCAAGUCCGUCGAGGGCUACAAAACCGCAUACGACAACGUUGACUUGGUUCUAAUUAGAGAAAACACCGAAGGUGAAUACUCUGGUAUCGAACACGUUGUUUCCCCAGGUGUUGUUCAAUCCAUCAAGCUUAUAACUCAGGAUGCUUCUGAGCGUGUUAUCAGAUACGCCUUCGAAUACGCAAGAGCUGUCGAAAGACCAAAGGUCAUGGUUGUUCACAAGUCUACCAUCCAAAGACUAGCAGACGGUUUGUUUGUCAACGUUGCUAACGAGCUCGCCAAAGAGUACCCAGACAUCGAACUUCAAACCGAGAUUCUAGACAAGACUGUCUUGAACGUCGUUACUGACCCAUCUAAGUACAAGGACGUGGUUGUUGUUUGCCCUAACUUGUAUGGUGACAUCUUGUCUGACUUGAACUCCGGUCUAAGUGCUGGCUCCUUGGGUUUGACUCCUUCCGCUAACAUUGGUCACCAAGUCUCUAUCUUUGAAGCCGUUCACGGUUCUGCUCCCGACAUUGCUGGCCAAAACAAGGCGAACCCAACUGCUUUGCUAUUGUCCUCUGUUAUGAUGUUGAACCACAUGGGUUUGACCGAAAUCGCUGAGAAGAUUGAAAAGGCUGUUUUCACUGCUAUUGCGUCCAGCCCAGAAAACAGAACUGCUGAUUUGGGAGGUAGCGCCACUACCUCUUCUUUUGCCGAAGCCGUCAUCAGCAGAUUGUAA